UUCGUCUUCGGACUUUGUCGAUUUCGUUCCUUCACACGAAGUUGAGCACGCAUUUUCAAAACAACAUUCUACUGAGUGGCACGUGUAUUUGCCAGCGGAUUUGCGGUGAAAACGUGUUGAUUGAAGCAGAGUCCGCAGGAGUUUGUUAGGAGUCGCCGGCUCGCCUAGUACCCGGUGCUUGUGUAGUGUAUAAGCAAAGUGUGUUAUACUUGUGUUGUCUCGGUCUUUUCCUGCGACAAAAAUGGCUGCCGCUAGUGAGACCGUACUACAAGCCCUCGUGUUCGACUAUCUUUCGAAGAAAGAUAAAACGUUCGCUGAGGUUUACCAAAAGAAAUUCAAUUCGCCUCUUCUCGCAAAAGGAUCUCCGCGCUUAGUGGACGUCGUUAAGCACUAUCAGAUAGGAGGAGCAAAGAAGCUCGAAAUUACUAAAGCUGCGGACGAGUCCAGUUCGGAAGAUGAUUCUUCUGAAGAAGAACAACAGACUAAAUCUCCAGUAAAGAAGGUUAUCGCCAAUAAUGUAAAACCAGUAUUGAAUGGAAAGGCAACGAUAAAUGGUAACGGAAUCAAAAAGCAAGACUCAAGCUCGGAUGACAGUUCUGAGGAAGAGAAGCCCGCUCCGAAGAAGACACCAGCAAAAGCCGCGGUGGUUGCCAAGAAACAAGAAUCAUCAAGUGAUGAUAGCUCAUCAGAAGAAGAGGAAGUACCGGUCAAAACUCCAGCUAAACCCGUUCAAGCUAAAGGUGCUACUAAAGGAACGCCAGCUCCUAUUGUUAAGAAAGCAGCCACAAGUGAUAGCGAAUCCGAUUCAGAUGAUUCGGAGGAAGAAGCACCACAAAAACCACCUGCUAAGCAAAUUGUUAAGCCAACGCCAGUGAAAUCGACGCCUACAGCAACUAAAGUUGUAGCUAAAAAGCAGGAAUCUUCUUCGGACAGCAGUUCCGAAGAAGAGCAAGUUUCUAAACAAGCUGCAGCCAAGAAGCAAACGCCUGCUAAGCCAGCUGUGAAGGUUGCUACGCAAGCUGAAUCUUCAGAAGAUUCGAGUUCAGAAGACGAGAAAACGCCAGCAGUUACACCGCUGGUUAAUAAAAAACCGGCCGCAACCGCAGCCAAAAAAGAAUCCAGCGAUGAUUCUUCGUCAGAGGAAGAACAGCAACCUAUUAAAAAACCGAUUGUCAGUACACCUGCCGCGAAGAAAAUAGUUCCACCAAAAAAAGCAGAAUCAUCGAGCGAUUCCGAUUCAGAUGAUUCGGAGGAUGAAGCUCCGCAAAAAACACCAGCUAAGCAGAUAUCUAAGCCAACGCCUGUAAAACCGACACCUACAGCGACUAAAGCUGUAUCAAAAAAACAGGAAUCAUCUUCGGAUAGUAGUUCCGAAGAAGAACAGGUCACUAAACAACCUGCGGUCAAAAAACAAACUCCAGCUAAACCAGCCGCGAAGAAGGCUGAAUCUUCGGACGAUUCUUCUGAGGAGGAAGAACAACCGAAGAAAAUGCCCCUUGUCGCUACACCCGCCUUGAAGCGGGCAGCACCGCAAAAGAAAUCGGAAUCCUCGAGCGAAGAUUCCUCCAGUGACGAGGAAGAACAGGCACCACCAGCAAAGAAAGCUGCCAUAGCAACCAGUGCGAAGAAAGCAGCCAAGCAGGAGGAAUCGGACUCAGACUCAGAUUCGUCGGAUGACGAACCGGAGGAGAAACCGGUUGUGAAGCAAGCUCCGGUGUCUGCCAAGGCAGAUAAGAAGCGAAAAGCUCACGCAGAGGAAGAGGAACAAGAGGCGAAGCAGCCCCCGGCAAAGAAGGCCAACUAUAACAAUUUCGUUAAAGCUGGCGAAGAUAAUAAGAAGAAUGGUAAAGGCGACCGAAAAUCCUUUGGCGGCUUCAACAACAAGCAGGACAACGACAAAAAAGGAGCUGCCUGGGAAUGUGAGAAGUGCAACACUUUCAAUGAUGCCGAAGUGCGGUCUUGUACGCAAUGCAAAGCGUUCAAUAAAAACGCAGAUGAUUCCAACGAUUGGGAAUGCUCGUGUGGUUUCAAGAACUUCCCUGGCCGACGAUUUUGCUUCAAGUGCAAAACACCCAAUGCGAACGGUGGAGGAGGAGGAGGAGGGGGUGGACGCAAAAGCUUUGGUGGCGAAAAUAGUGGAAAUAAGCAGUACCCCCCGAAUUGGGAAUGUCCAAGCUGCAGUGGUUCGAAUUUUGCAAGUCGUUCAACAUGUUUCAAGUGUUCUGCUGCUAAUCCUAAUCCAAGUCCCGCUGGAGGUGGAAAAUUCGGACGCAAAAGUUUUGGUGGCGAAGGUGGUGGAAAUAAGCAGUUUGCGGAAGACUGGGAUUGCCCAAGCUGUGGCGUUUCAAACUUUAGCAGACGCGGAACGUGUUUCAAGUGCUCUACUGCUAACCCAAAUGGCUCGUUUGGGGAUAAUUGGGAAUGUACAGAAUGCUCAUUUUCCAAUUUCGCUAGCAGAUCUUCGUGCUUCAAAUGCCAAAAGCCAAAUCCAAAUGGCGGAGGUGAAAAGGGUGGGUUCCGCAAAAGUUUCGGAGGAGCAGGAGGUGGCGGCCGUGGUGGUAGAGGAGGAGGUGGACGCGGCGGACAGAGAGGCGGUGGACAGAGAGGCGGUCGUGGCGGAUUCGGCAAUAGAAGUUUCUCGGAUAACGACAACGCCAAUGCGAAUAAAAAAAUCACAUUCGACGAGUAGAGGUCUAUAAUUGAGUGUACAACAUAGUCGUAUUUUUUAUUCGUUAAAAUCUUCCUAUUGGUUCUAUUCAACAUAACCAACAGUGCAGGUCGUUUUGUCUGGAAUUGUAGAAUUCCUUUCUUGAUUCAAGAGUCGCAUAUUUUAGUUAUUCCGCAGUGAUUGUAUGUGUAUUAUACACUCAGAUGCAAGUUUAAUAGUUAAGAAUAAUGAACAAGAAAUAUAAAACAGCAACAGA